GAUUCGACUCACAAAACGAUCUAUUGACAGUAAACGCGCCAACCACGGUAGGAGCUGCUAUCUAUGCCUGUUCCACACUCAACUGCUAGCCUGCCACAGGCCUAAACCGACAAAAAUAAACGAAUUAAAUAUAAAACCAAGAACGGACGCAAACUGAUUUUUUCCUUGGACUCGAAACCGUUAUGCCAUCUUCUCCUUGCGUUCGAAUGGAACGCUCGUAUUCGACAAUAACUGGGCCGGAAGCGUUCAAAUAAUUUUGUAGAAUCCGUUUGACGCGCAGCGCCUGUCGUGGUAUUUUGGAGGGUGGUGGAGAUCGCGCUAGAAACAGCGAGAGUGGUGCUACAGAAAAACACGCACGAAAUAUUACAAUAAUCAACAGGACGCUGGAGGAAACCAAGAGGACACACUGUGACGAAUAAAAAAGAGAGACGGGGUAUUGCGGGCUAUCCUUUCAUUUAAAAAAAUGGUGUCCACAGUUUUUGCUGUGACACUGUCUGUCACACUGCUGCACCUGGCUUCAGGUUUAUCUUUAGGGACGUCAGAUCCUGAGGCUCCUCCCACCACGACCUCCAGUCCCCGCCCCUUGGGAGAACUCAUCCAUGCUGCACUUCUCAGUAAGGAGUACCUGGGACACACCCCUGGUAGCAGAGGUACAACUACUAACCCGACCCAGGCCGUCCCGUCCAUCAGAGAAUCAGAUCCUGCCUCCACAGUGAUGUCACCCGGAAUCCUCACCACCGCAGUGACCUCAUCGGCUGCACCUCAAGCAGGUCAAUCAGUUUUUGGGAGUGCUGUGACAUCACCACCAGCUGAAGAAGAGACCACAACCACUCUUAUCACUACAACAACAAUAACAACGGUGCACACACCAGUUCAGUGCAAUGCCAGUCUGUCAGGAAUGGAGGGAAUAGUCGAGUCCCCUGAUCCCCUCUCCUCCUCAUCACCCUUUUCCCCGUUGGAGUGUACCUACAGCAUCUCCGUGUAUCUUGGAUAUGGUGUGGAAAUACAGGUGAAGAAAGUAAACUUGUCCAAGGAGGAGUCACUUACCAUUCUGGAGCUGGGUGGGACAGCGCCUGAGCUUUUGGCCAAUGAGACACUAAUGAGUGAAGGUCAGGUGAUUCGUAGCUCAACCAACCAAGUGCAGAUCCACUAUAAGAGCCUGAAGCAAGCCAACCAUGGUGUUUUCAGCUUUCACUAUCAAGCGUUCCUCCUGUCCUGCUCGUUUCCUCUCUCCCCUGAGGGCGGUGGAGUGACUGUAACUGAUAUUCAUCCUGGGGGUCAGGCUCACUUCCAUUGUGAUCCUGGAUUUGAGGUCAGAGGUCAUGAGGUUGCAACCUGUUUGAAUUCCACCCGACCCAAAUGGAGCACCCCAGAACCCCAGUGUGUGGCUGUAUCUUGUGGAGGGUGGAUUAGAAAUGCUACUGUUGGACGCAUUCUGUCCCCAACCCUCCCCUCUGCAAGUAACCAUAGCAGCGGGAGCAACCUGAGCUGUCAUUGGCUGCUGGAAGCCAAGGAAGGUCACAGGCUCCACCUCCAUUUUGAGAGGGUGGCUCUUGAUGAAGACAAUGACAAGCUGAUUGUGCGUAGUGGGAAUAGCACUACAGCUCCGCUCCUCUUCGACUCGGAUCUGGAUGACAUUCCAGAACGAGGCUUCGUGAGCGAGGGAAUGUCUCUCUAUGUGGAGCUCACAGCAGAUUCUUCCUCCAUCCCACUACUGCUGGCACUCCGCUAUGAGGCCUUUGAUGGGGAACACUGUUAUGAACCUUACUUGCCUCAUGGGAAUUUCAGCAGCAGUGACAUCACCUUCCCAUUGGGUACUAUAGUAACCUUCUCAUGCUCUCCUGGUUUCGUCAUGGAGCAAGGCUCAGGAGUUAUGGAGUGUGUUGACCCCAAUGACCCUCACUGGAAUGAGAGUGAACCUGUCUGCAGAGCUUUGUGCGGCGGGGAGCUCACGGACUCAGUGGGAACUGUGUUGUCUCCUGACUGGCCACAGAGCUACUCUAAGGGGCAGGACUGUGUGUGGCAAAUACAUGUCAGCGAGGACAAGCGCAUUGAGCUGGAUGUACAAAUACUUAACAUCCGCCAUAAUGACAUUCUAACUCUGUUUGAUGGCCAUGAUCUGACGUCACAUGUGAUUGGCCAGUACCUGGGCUCAAGAGAAAGGUUCAGGGCUGUAUCAGGAGGUUCAGAGGUCACCAUUCAGUUUCAGAGUGAUCCCGAUGACUCUACAUUUAUACUGAGCCAAGGUUUCCUCAUUCACUACAGAGAGGUGGAACCAAAUGACACAUGUCCUGUGCUUCCACAAAUUGAGUUUGGCUGGAGCAGCUCCUCCCACCCAUCUCUGGUGAGAGGCAGUGUGUUAACCUAUCAGUGUCAGCCUGGUUAUGACAUCGUUGGCUCUGACAUCAUCACCUGCCAGUGGGAUCUCUCCUGGAGCAACAACCCACCCACCUGUGUGAAAAUCCAACAGUGCCCUGAUCCAGGAGAAGUGGUCAAUGGAGCACGCUCAGUACAUCCGGAGUCUGGUUUUGCUGUGGGGACAGUGGUACGCUUCACAUGUAACCAAGGUUAUCAGCUGGAAGGCCCGAACCAGAUCUCCUGCCAUGGAAGAGACACCGGCAUGCCCAAAUGGAGUGACCGCAGCCCAAAGUGUGUCUUGAAAUAUGAUCCAUGCCCAAACCCUGGCGUGCCUGACAAUGGUUACCAGACUCUGUACAAGCACAGUUACCAGGCAGGCGAGACGCUGCGUUUCUUCUGCUAUGAGGGUUAUGAGCUAAUUGGGGAAGUCAUCAUCAACUGUGUCCCAGGACACCCCUCUCAGUGGAAUAGCCCACCACCCUUCUGUAAAGUGGCCUAUGAAGGGCUACUGGAUGAUCAUAAAUUGGAGGUUUCUCAGUCAUUAGAAGCCUCUCAUCAAAUGCUGAGUGAGAACAUUGCAUUGGCUAUCAUCCUGCCAAUCAUUCUGGUCAUCCUUCUGAUUGGUGGUAUCUACAUGUACUAUACCAAUGUGUGUAGGUGGCAGUGGAAACCGUUGUUCUGGAAGUCUCUCUCUCACACUCACUCCUACAGUCCCAUAACAGUGGAGUCUGACUUUAACAACCCUCUCUAUGAAGCAGGGGACACACGAGAGUAUGAAGUGUCCAUCUGAGACAGGAGUCGGCAAAUGAAUCCUAAUGUUGGGUGACUGAAAAGGAGAAGAAAAGGAAGGAUACUGUUAUUUUUUCUCUCUGCAAGACAUUCAUUUGUUUUAUUCAAUUAAUUACAACACAUAAAUCUCACUCUACACAGUCUCUCUCUCCUCCGUCUCUGUCGAUUCACUGAUGUAUGUACAAAUCAAGUGCGUUUACUCAUGAGUCUAUGCAGGUGCCUGUGUAGUAUGUUAGGCUACGUUCACACUGCAGGCUGAAACGACCCAAUUCCGAUAUUUUUGCCCCUAUGCAACCUGUAUCUGGUCUUUUCAUGACAGUCUGAACGACACAGAUCCGAUGUUUUCAAAUGUGACCCAGGCUACUUGGGUAUGUGGUCCUGAAUCCGAUACGUAUCCGAUCUUUUGAAAUGCGACCUCCGUCUGAAUGGCCAGGCCACAUGUAUCCGACCCGUACGUCAUUGAUACGCUACAAACGUCAUAAUUCUGCGUUGAAAUAGGCGGGAAAGAGAAGAGCCACUCACAUCAGUAUCCCACCACUCCUGGCGACUCUGCACCCACACGUUUCUCUGUACCGACGUUGCUAACACUCUGCUCCACAAAACGCCAUGGCCAAAAACCUUGCUCUCCUACUUCUUUUUAAUUUUCUUCUUAAAACGAGAAGAUUGUAAUUGUGUACUUUAAUAUUGCAAAAAGAGCUCCGCUGUUGACCACACUGUUGUUGGACAUCAAUGUUUAUCGUUAGCUACUUCCGCAAACAACGAGUGACGUCGAUCACCGUUGAGUACUCUUCUGUACAUGCGGGUCACUUCUGGGUCAAUUCACGUUCACACAGGAGAUCACAAAAGGUCGCAUUUAAUUGGAAAUGUGAAUGGCCUUGCAAAAAAAUCAAAUUUUUUCAAAAAAUCGGAAUUGAGCAUUAAGCCCUGCAGUGUGAACGUAGCCUUGGUGUGUGUUUACGUGUUUGUAUGUUAUUGGCUGUAUAUGUACAUCAGAAAUACAGAAAAUAACAACAAAAUAGUUGUAAGUACAUAUUGUGAGUAUGACUCCCACAGUCAAGCAUGUUUUCUAGGAACUGUAAAGUGAUGGAGUCAAAGACAGAAAGAAAGAAAGAAAUUGAAUGGGGAGAGAGAAAGAGAGAGACUUUGACACAAGUGAGACAAAGAUAAGUACACAUACUGCACGUAUAUAAUCUGAAAUAUGAAAACUAUACUCUCAUGUUACCAUAUUUGUAUACAGACACAUGGCCACACAUUUACAAACACAUAUACAUGAUGACAGGAACAUACUGAAUGUAAAUAUUUUGAUUGAAUAUGGAGUAUAAAACAGAUUCGGUGCCAAAAUACAUCCUAUAAUGUGACAUCACUUCACGUUUCACUGGUUGCCAUAGUAUUUCUCACAUCAUAAUGUAAUAAUGAGGACAAUGCCAGCAUUUCAUAUUGUUCUUUGCUGUUUCUUAAGAAUCUAUUUCUGCUUGAUGUUGAAUGACCAUGUUUCAGAGGCGCAGAAUGUCCUCUCGCUUACAGCACGCAACGAUUGUAUAUUUUACCGCUUCAGCUUAGGAUUCAUGAUCAAUUAUACUUACUGUCAUUGUUAUCAGAGUUGAUGUUGUCGCAUAUGCACUAUGUUGAGGAAAAAUAUAUACAGGAGAAAAAAAACUGUUUGCUGUGAUGCAGUAAUCAAAUUGAAAUGCUUUUUAUGAAUUGCAUUUUUUAUUUAUUUAUCUCAUGGUUUCUUGUUAACAUGCAGUGAGUUUCGUCUUUUCCAUUGUGCCAUUACCAGAGCCCAUGUUGUGGAGGGCUUUGUUGCAUUAUAGUAUUACUUGAUUGUUAUUUAUUUAUCAACAUAAUAUACUUGUCACAAAGACAUUUAUUUGCUAAGAUUUAAGAUUAAAUAAAAUUCUCUGUUGGAUGGUGAA